UCUAAAUAUUUAUUUGCUUCUUGUUUAUCUUUGUUAUGGCCGAGGUUUUAGACGACGGUGAGUUUUGGCUUCCGCCCCAGUUUUUAACCAACGAUGACUUUUUCGUCGACGGGGUUAAGGCUACGAACAACACCAAUAUCCUUAAGGACGGUGAAUCUUUUAUUCCCUUCGAGUUCCCUGACGGGUUUGGGUCUUUCGGGCUUUCUUCGGAUCUAAGUUCUCCCGUGGAGUCCGUUCUGGGUUCUACAGAAACCGAGACUGAUGAAGAAGACUACCUUGCUGGGUUAACUCGUCAAAUGGCUCACUCCACUCUCCAGGACGAUUCCCGCCGAACCGACGCCUCUGAUAAUCCCAAGGGAUUUGUUCUUUCUAGUUCACCACAAUCGACCCUAUGUGCGUUACCGAGCGGUUGUGGCUGCAAGGAAGGGUCUGGCCGUGGAAGCCCAAACUGUCAAUAUCGGGUUUCUUCGCCUCCGGCAACGUGGGACCUACUUUAUGCGGCGGCCGGGGAAGUAGAAAGGUUGCGAAUGAACGAAGAAACUUAUGGAGGAUUCAGCAACAGUGGCCUUUUCGGUCCGCCACCUAGAAAACAUUGUUUGAACCUCGAUGCUUCUGGCUUUUACCCUCAACAGUCACUUUCUCACAAUAAGCUGCGGGCCACUCACUUCCAACAGCUGAAACAACAGCUAAUGAAACAGCAAAACGCGUUGGUCUGGGGUGGGUUGAAGCAACUGCAGCAGCAGCAUGUGGUCCAAAACAGAGGAAGCUAUGGUAAAGGGACUUUGGGUUUGUCCCCAUCUGCAUGGCCUCUGCAACAGCAACAACAGCCACCAAACGGGUCGGGUACGAGGGCUGUUUUAUUGGGCAAUCCGAAUGGGAAAAGUCAGUGUGCUGGAACUGGGGUUUUCCUUCCUCGGCGUGUUGGAAGCUUUUCUGAACCCCGCAAGAAGCCAGCUUGUCCUGCUGUUUCGGUUCCUGCUCGAAUGGCUCAGGCAAUUAAUUUGAAUCUCAAUGAGGUCGGAGCUCAACCCCAAUCUCACCAUCAUCGGCUUCGAAAUGGUGGGAAUCUCGUGGGAAAUCAUAGGCAGCGAAAUCUCAGGCCACAGCAAGAAAUCAGUUAUGAAAUCCGGUUACCCCAGGAGUGGACUUACUGAUGACUCAUUUCAUGCAAGUUUACUAAUUGAUCUGUCGGUUGGAUAGAAAUUUUAAGGUUAUAAAAACGAUAAAGGGUAACGAGUUUGAUAUAGGGAAAGUAGUACUACAGUGGUGUAUAGGUUUUAAGAUCAAGAUGGAAAUGAAGAUGGUAUAUUGGGUUAGGGUUUAGGUCGAAAAAAAUAAAAAGGACUUUGUAGUUUCAGUGAUGGAUACCACACAGCUAAAAGCUUUUGUUUGGUUGAAGGCUGCAGCAAGGGAAGAACAGUAAGUUAUGGGUUUAUUUUACCAUUGUAAUUCCUGGUGUUUUGAGUCGAUAAGAGUUUUGGAUUUUGCUGGAAAAUGUUAAUGAAAUGGGAAGUUGAAAGGCUCCAUUAUUUUCUCCUUUUCAUUUAAAGAAAUAGAUUAAGAGGUCAAACAACAUUAGAACAUUGUGUUUGGAAGUAGGGAUUUGUAUAUUUUAAUAAUUAAUUAUUAAUUAGAAGGAUCUUUUGCUUUCCCCAA